CGCACGCGUUCCUCUUGCACUCCUCCUCUCCGUUGCGCUCUCGUGUGAAGAAGAAUAUCCCACUGCUCCCAUAAGCCCUAUAUAUUUCUAGCGCAACAAGCUUUACCUUCAAUGAAGUCAGAGGAGAGGAGCGACAGGCUGCGAAACACAAAACCCGAGGAUCAAGUCUGACCAUCCGGACUACAGCUAUAGAAACUCACACUGAACAUUUAUCCUCAUACAGGACCGUGAUAUUUGCUGCAUGAAGGUCGACUUUUUCGGACACCUGCAUUUUGGGACUACACUGACACAUUGUUUCAUUUUCAUUGUUUUUGAAGUCAACAGCGUCCAUGUGAUGCUAUUCCCCUGAAGAGUUCAGAAACGCACGCAACACUGGUACACCUAGAUAAACUCACAGUCCCGUACGUCAAGCAUGGAUCGCUGUCAAAGACUGUUCGUCCUCCUUUUGGGAUGGGGCUAUCUGAGCUGUGGAUACUGUGCUGUGCUUAAAACAUCCUCCGUGGGUUUCGCAAAAGACGCGGAAUUUGGACCGAAAGUGGAGACGCAAGGCAGACAGCAUGCGCAGAAAACAGAGCAGGACACGCUUUCUGAACACAUGCAGAUGCUCUACGCCAAAUACAACAGCGCGGAAUUCGCUCUUAAGGACGGAAACACAGUGCGCAGCUUUAAAGCGCAUCUAGGUACAAUCAACAACAAGCAGCUGCAAAUCUUUAAUCUCACUUCCCUCACUAAAUCAGAGGACGUUCUCUCAGCAACAUUGCAUUAUUAUAUUGGUGACUUGCGCAACAGCAGCCACAGAUGCGCAAGGUCUAAGAGCUGUCCUCACCAUAAUCUCAGGCGACAAGGUCACAUUCACCUCGAUGUCUGGACUUUCAGCGUUGUGGAUAACUCCACCAGAACAAUCGGCCAUUUUCCCAUUAACAUUUCCACAAUGUACCGGGACUUUAUAUCGUGGCAGUGGAAAGACAUUACCCGUGUAAUCAACCAAGCCAAGCAUCACGACCAACUUCUUAUAGGCAUUGACAUUGACUCCAAAGGACGACAGCCUUGGAAGAAACUCUUGUCUGAUAGAUCUCCUUACAUUCUGGUCUACGCCAAUGACUCAGCUAUAUCAGAACCCGAGAGUGUUGUGUCCACCCUGCAGCGACACAAAGGUAAAUUAGUGCCUAAUCUUCAUUUACUUGAUGCUUAUAAUCGCAGUGCCUCGCAACAUCGGACCAGGCGCUCUGCCAACAUCCUACUGCCGCUACAGAAUAACGAACUUCCAGGGCCUGAGUACCCAUAUGAGAUUCCGACCUGGGAUGAGACCAGUCCCUAUGAUCCAACGGAGACCAAGCCAGUCAAGCGUCCUCGUAAGAAACCUCGCAAGAACCCACGGCACAAGAAUCCGCUGCUGCAGUUUGAUGAGCAGACUAUAAAGAAAGCACGUAAGAAACAAUGGAUCGAACCUAAAAACUGUGCUCGCAGAUAUUUAAAGGUAGAUUUCGCAGAUAUCGGCUGGAGUGAGUGGAUUAUCUCCCCAAAGUCUUUCGACGCUUUCUACUGCUCAGGGUCCUGUCAGUUCCCCAUGCAAAAGUCUUUAAAACCUUCAAACCACGCCACCAUUCAAAGUAUUGUGCGGGCGGUAGGUGUGGUCCCCGGAAUCCCAGAGCCCUGCUGUGUACCCGAGAAGAUGUCUCCCCUCAGCAUCCUCUUCUUUGAUGAAGACAAGAACGUGGUUCUCAAGGUCUACCCCAACAUGACAGUGGACUCCUGUGCCUGUCGAUGAAACGUUUUGGUCUUUUCAACCAGCCUCCGAAACCCAUUUCCAAUUUUUGCACUGGAAGAAAGCCUACAUAGCAGUAGCUGACUGAAAACAUUAUUUCACAAGCCUUGAAGGACUGUCGUUAGCUUUAAGGAUUGUGAAGACCAAAGUGCUUUCCCAGAAGGAAUUCGUUAAUCAUCAUCUGAGAUUCAUGAACAUACAAAGAAACUCUAUGUUUGACUAUCAAGGUUCCUGUGUUCUCACAAAUAUCACAAAUGAUAACCUCAAGAUUCAUCAGCAGUUGUUUUAAACAUUUGUUUAUUGAUCAUGAAUCUGAUUCUGUACAGUUUUUAUAAUCUUAUGAUAUCAAAGCUAUAUUUUUGCUACAUUGGCAUUGAUUGAUUCUCAAUGUCUGUAUUCUAUGGCUGCUAAAUAGAGGUAAACUUUACUGCAAAGCCCAAAUGUGGUUAAAGCUGAAAGAAAGAAAAUGAAUCUUUUUUUGUUACAUUUGUAAAAAAUAUCAUUAUAUUAAAAAUAAGUAAUAUGUAACAUACAAUUCCUUUUGUCCACAUUACACUUAAAAUAGUGCUUAAUAUCUGGGUGAACUUGUUUUUAAUGUCCUCAAUCUUCUUAAAUAAGAGAAAAUAUUUAUUUUCUUAUUAAUUGCGCAGAUUGUACAAUUUCACAUUAUUACAUCACAUUUUAUAAGCAUAAUGAACCUUUGGGCAGGAGUUUUUCCACAUAUCUUGCAUUUGUAAAUAUAUGUUUUAUGAUACAUGCUUCCAUCACUACCCGUAUAAGGUUACAUCCUUAAAGUUCCACUAAAUUCAUGAUACUGCCAAGAUUUUGUAAAGUUUUGUCAUUCAUUCACACAACUGUAUUAUUACACAACUAUGGCUAACAAGAAACCACUAUUUCAGACAGGUUUCAGAUUCAAGCUGUUCAGAAAAUGCUGAAGAUAUCAGCCAUAAUUUGAGUUUUGCUAAUUAUUGUUCGAUUAAUUUUGCAAAUGAGGAAAAAUCAUCAAACCAGGUUUUUCAUAUACUAACAUGCUUAGGUAGAUAGUUAUGGAAAUUGUAUGUCGCGUAUUUAGCCAUUUGAUUGUUUAAGCAAUUCCUUUAUAAAGUGCCUUACCACAUUAAACGAUUUUGGAUAGUAAAAAAAAUGUCAUAUGCAUGUUCAUAUGCUAAAUAAACAUCCAAGUAGAAUACUUACAUUUCACAAUGACGUGUAACUUAUGGAGUAAUGUUAAACGGAACAGCACUGUCAUGUUUACUUAUUUUUGCAAAACGUUUUUACCACAUUGAUUUAUUUGGAUACAAAAGUGAGGUUUUUUUUAUAAUGUAUUAUGUACACAUUUGUACUGUUUUCUUAUAUAACAUUGAGCUACAAUAAUGACAUAUCAUUCAGCCGUAUAAAUGGAGUGUGUUCCCAUUGAAUUUUCUUGUUGUUCUAAAUUUAUAUUCAAUCUUUGGACAAUAGAGAAAUGUAAACGUAUAUGUAAAAGUGGCCUAAUAUCUUAAUAUAUAACAUAUAAAUCCCAAAGACACAGUAUGUAAAGCACUCCUUUAGCAUUUGUGUAAUAUAUAUUUUUGGAGGGCUUCCAGCACACUGUGUUUUGUAAAUGUUAUGCUGUAGGUGAAAGGAUGUGCUUGUAUGAUAAGCUUCAUAAGAAAUUAUAUUUGUAUAUGGAAAUUACCUUUAAAAGCAUUUAUUUAUUUUCUGUACUGCAUUCUGUAGCCUACCUUGUUAUUUUUGUGAAGCAAGCAGGGGCUUCAUUAAACAUUCAUUCAGUGCUUUGCUGCACAAAGGUUAGACAGGUGUGCACAAAGCGUGGAUUACGAGUCAAAUUAGUGAAAAUGCUGAUUUUUUGUAACCGAUCUCCCUAGUUAGAGGACUCUGACAGACCAUCAAGGAAACUCAAUAAA